AGGUACAAAUGCAAGCACAGUGACGCUAGCAAAUCCGCGAAGCCUUCGUUCUGCGCCCUUUUGCGGUCGCAAGCCUUUGCCGUUGGCGGGCAAUUAGUUACAGGCGCUCACGCAAUAUGGACCUAUCUCUGUGCUCUCUUAAGAUGUGUCCAUCUCGCGCAUGCGGUCGGCUUAGAGGCAGCGCUCGGGCAAGGGGCACGCUGUCGGUGCGGGCGGCCUUCACCCUCACAAAUGCCUCAGGCAACGCGACCGCGCACAGCAAGCCGGCGGUAUCGGUUGGGAGCUCGGCGAGUAGCGACGUGCGGAUAAGUGGGCCCAACGCUGCGGACCAGCACGCGGUCAUCACCCAGAAAGGCAAGCAGACCUUCCUGAAGGCGCUGGUGGGGGAGGGCGUGCUGGACGACUCCCACACCUGGGUGGACGGCACGCAGCUGCGGCCCGGCGUGGCGUACGUGCUUGGGGCCGGCAGCCGCCUGGUGUUCGGCAAUGCGCAGCAGGCGUUCACCAUUGAUUUCGACCAGGCGGCUGGCAGCAACCCCCUUGUGGAAAUGAUGAUGAAGGGCAUGGUGGCCGGAAGCAGCCCCGAGGUCAAGAAGCAGCUGGGGAUUUGAGCUCUUGUCCAGGCCAGCCAUCGGCAUAUGAAGGAUUGGGGCGGGGGCAAGUGGUGUGCGCGUGGUCAUCGAAUUCCGGAGAAAUGCGGCCGCUGAGCGAUGGUACUUUGGGCUGUGACGCAUGCGUGCGCGCGCGGGGGCGGGGCCUGGGGCGUCAGCUGCGCAGGUGGGCACGAUUUGGUGUGGUGGCGAUGUGGUGGUGGGGUUUAGUUCGUUCCAAUCCCAUAAAAACCAAGACCCAGAACGACCCCACACAGGGGAGUGGAACUGUGAGUGGGGUGGUGCAUGUGAACGCGCUGCGACGCUGCGUCGUGCGUUGCAGCGAUCAGCAGUUUACCCGUGCGAGGUUUUCAGGGCACAUGGCCACACUGCCGCGAAGCUAAUCAGCAUAGGACAGGCGGGGCAGUGGCUUAGGUUGCAGGUAGCAACGGUGGUCGCGCACGCUGGUGAGGAGGGAUGCUCGUAAGAGGCCUUUGUAAUGAGCUCCGUCA